UAGAGUACACAUACAAGAGUACAGAGCAUGUACAGAAUCAAAAGAGUUAAAAAGUCUACUUCAGUGACAUUUUUGCCGCCCGGGCGUUCACUUCGCCCUUAAAAAUUAAAAAAAAAAAAAAACAAAAUUAAAUAAAUAUUUUUUUAUUUAAUAAUUAAAAUGUUCACUAUGUUUUAUAACAACUUUACCGUCUCAAUCCAUUAGUAAAAAAAAAUAUAUAUAUAUAAAUAUAUAAAGUAAUAUUUUUUUGAAAAUUUAAUAUAAAUAUUUUUGAAGCCAAUCACUUUAUAUCAAAGAAAAAAACACAAAAUAAAAUAAAACAGACAAUUGGGACCAAAGAGAAUAAAAAAAUCUGUGAUUUAUUUACUACGUGCCAAAGAAUAUAUUUGAACCAACCGAAUCUCAGGAUUAAUUUUAUUUAUAAGUAAUUGAUUUAUUAGUUUAUUGGAUCUGUAGUUAAUUUUAAUACCAAAAAAUAUUUGAGUUGAGAGAAAUUAAAGAAGAAAUGCCUGGACAUUCAACAAGAACGAGCAGCGAGGCCAUAAGACUGGAGCCCAUUGGACGGACGUCCAGUUCUAGAAGUCCUGGACAAAAUGGAACUGCCAAUACAGAAAUUCCAGAAAUUUCAGGUGACAGUAAUACUGGAUUACAUAAACGAAGUAUUUAUGAACACAAUGGUGUCGCAGUAUGCUCGCAAAAGCGUGCAUUAUGCAUUGCGACAAUUGUUUUCGCGACAUUAUUCGCCAUAUCACUUAUUAUCGCAUUCGCGGGACCACAAAAUGACUGCCCAUGUGCUGGUGAAAGACCAGAUAAUUUAGGUAUCGAUGAUGAUUAUGAAACUUCAGAACCUCUAGCAACAAAUGGAGAGAUUUUUCCAUGGGAUAACGUUAGGCUGCCAUCAUUUGCACAUCCGACUCGAUAUAACAUAACAAUACACCCUAAUCUUACGACUUUAGAAGUCAAAGGACAAGUUACCAUUGAAUUCUACGUUGACAAAGAGACCAAUUUUGUCGUCUUCCAUUGUAAAAAUUUGACAAUAACUGAAAAGAUGGUUCAAAAUCGCAAGGGCCAUGAUAUGAAGAUAAGUAAAUUAUUAGAGUACCCAAAGCACCAGCAAUUGUAUUUAGAACUCGAGGAGACGAAAUUUCGAAAAAGAGGAAAUUAUUCAAUUCAUUUAAGAUUUGUGUCGCAAUUGACAAGCGAGUUGGAAGGAUUUUAUUUAAGUACUUACACCACUGCCGAUGGUGAUAAAAGAUACUUGGCAACGACUCACUUCGAGCCGACGUACGCCCGGUCAGCAUUUCCGUGCUUCGACGAGCCCCAAUUCAAAGCCAGGUUCCGCGUCUCCAUUUUCCGCGACCGGUUCCACAUCGCGCUCUGCAACAUGCCGAUAAUGAACACCGAGGACGCGGGUUUCUACAUGGGUCGUGGACUCUCAAAUUACACAAAUUUGCAGCUACGAGAUGACUUCGAAGAAUCUGUCGAGAUGUCAACUUACUUGGUGGCCUUCGUAGUCUGCGAUUUCAAACGAAUAUCGCAAUUAACCAGCCGCAAUGUCUCUGUGAGCGUUUACGCAUCCGAAUCUAUGCUACCGCAGGCUACUUAUGCCCUUGAGACUGCGGUCAAGGUCAUGGAUUACUUUGAAGAUUUCUUUGGUGUCCAUUAUCCUCUUCCUAAGCAAGAUUUGAUUGCAAUACCGGAUUUUGCUGCCGGGGCGAUGGAAAACUGGGGCCUGAUAACUUAUAGAGAGUCUUCAAUUCUGUAUAACCCUCAAGAAACAUCGACAGUGGCCCAUGAAUGGGUGGCAGUAGUCAUAGCUCACGAGCUUGCCCACCAGUGGUUCGGAAAUCUAGUGACCAUGAAGUGGUGGAAUGACCUAUGGCUAAAUGAGGGCGCUGCCAGUUUCUUUGAAUACAAGGGAGUAAAUCACGUGUCCCCGCACUGGAAUAUGAUGGACCAGUUUGUGCUGGACAAGACCCAGUCGGGACUGAGCCUAGAUGGGCUGGCCACCAGUCACCCAAUCAGCGUUCCCGUUAAAGAUCCUUCAGAGAUUGAGGCCAUUUUUGACACGAUAAGUUACAAUAAGGGCGCCUCUAUUCUUAAUAUGCUAGAGGGUUUUCUGGGCGAGGAUAUUUUCAGACGCGGGUUGAAUGAGUACUUGAAUGUCCACGCUUAUGGCAGCGCUGAUACCAAUGACCUUUGGUCCGUGUUCACAAAACAUGCGAACCGCACCUUUGAUGUCAAAGCAAUCAUGGACACUUGGACUCAGCAGACAGGAUUUCCAUUGGUCACCAUUAAGAGAGAGGGAAAAGUUGUCACUGCAUCCCAGAAAAGGUUUAUGCUGACGCCCGCGGACAAUGAAACAGAAGUUCCCCCUCCCAAGGGAUUUAAUUACAAGUGGUACGUUCCGCUUAGUUAUUACGUUGAUAAAGAACCGGAAGUGGUCUACAAUGUCUGGAUGAACAUGUCUGAUGUAACUUUCGAAAUUCCUGAGAACACAAGUUACAUAAAAUGCAACGUAAACCAAUCAGGCUUCUACCGAGUUACUUAUCCCGACGAAAUGUGGAAUGCGAUAAUCGAUACCCUGAUGACUAAGCCAUGGCAAUUUAGCCCAAUCGACCGGGCCAAUUUAAUCGACGACGCUUUCACGCUCUGCGACGCGGGAGAAGUUAAUGCGACGAUUCCAUUAAGACUGUCGCUGUAUUUACUCAAAGAAAAAGACUACGCCCCCUGGGCAACUGCCCUGAGUUACUUGCACUCGUGGAAAGAGAAAUUGGGCGAAAGCUCCGGGUACAAGAGGUACAUAAUUUUUUUGAAAAAAUUGCUCUCGCCGAUUACGCAGACCGUGGGCUGGAAAGAUGACGGCGAUCAUCUGACAAAAUGGCUGAGAAUAGCAGUACUGCAAGCAGCAGUUGAGCUUAAAUUAGACGAAGUUGUAAAGCCGGCUAAGAAUCUAUUCGAGGAUUGGAUGUUGCGCAGCAAGCGAAUUGUGCCAAAUAUCCGUGACGUUGUUUACAUCGCGGGAGUACGUUUCGGUGGGGAAACCGAGUGGAAUUACUGUUGGGAAACGUAUAAAAAAACCCAAGUGCCCAGCGAGAAGCGGCUGAUGCUACAAGCGCUGGGCGCUUCGACGGACCCAUGGCUACUGCAGCGCUAUCUGCUAAAAACGCUCGAUAGGGAGAAUAUCAAGUCCCAGGAUGUCGAGGCCGUUAUUUCGGCAGUGGCGAGAAAUCCCGAGGGCCAAUCGCUGGCCUGGAGACAUCUCAAAGCCUACUGGCCGCAGUUCCAUGCUCUCUUUGGUAACGGGUCGCUUACCAUGGGAACGCUUAUAUCGACGGUUACUUCGCAAUUUUUCACGGAAUACGACUACCAAGAGGUAAGCCAAUUUUUCAGCGACGUAGAUGUCGGCAGUGGGCAGCGAGCUCUUGAACAAAGUCUCGAAACGAUAAGAUUUAACAUUCGUUGGGUUAAAGAAAAUGCAGAUACGAUAGACCAAUGGCUUAUUGACUAUCUUACCGAUCAUGCCGGUUAAUUUAUUCAAUAAUUAUUAUUAUUUAAAUAAUAAUAAUAACAAUAACAAUCAUGAAUAAUUAAAAGCAAACAAUAAUUAUCGAUAAAAAAUAAUAAAUUAAUUAAACGUACAAUUUAUACCGGUAAUUACAUAAAUAUAUAUAUUUAUAUUUAUCAAAUUUGAUGUGAUAAAUUUAUUAAUAUAGAUCAUAGAUCAUCAUAUCAAAAUUAACCAUCAAAAUAAUUUAUUGCACAAUUAUUUACUUUUUUUUUUUUUGAAAAAAUUUUUUUUUUUAAAUAUAAUAUUUAUUGAUUUAAAUAAAUGAGUAUUAUAUAUAUUCAUACAUAAUUACUAAGAAAAUCAAGUAUUACUCUAGUCUUUAAUCACUUGUAAGGAAAUUGAGUCAAAGUGGGUAAUUUUUAUUUUUAAAAUUCAUUUUCACGGAGAUCUAAUAGGAAUACGGGAAAAUUUGGAAGAACAAAUUUUAUAGGAAAUUUAAUUCUCUACAAAAAAGAUUUCGUAUAAUUUUUCUGUAGGGUUGAUAAUUUUGAGAGAAUUUCGAUUUAAAGUCAGACAAGUUUACUUUUCUUCAGAAAUUUGAAAGGAAAGUUCGGAGGGAAAUUGUGGGAAAACUGUAAGAGUUAUGGAAAAUUGGUUGGGAUAAAUUUUAUAGGAAAUUAAAUUUCCUGCAAAAAAGGUCUAAAGAAAUUUUCACGUAAACCAGAAAAUUUCCAUGGAAUUUCCAUUUGAAGUCAGCGAUAAAGAAAAUUUUCUGAACUCCUAGAAAAUUUGAAGUUGGGAAACUUUGAAUGAAAAUUAUAGGAAAAGUAUUAAAGAUAUGAGGAAAAGUGACCGAAGCAUUUUUGUAGGAAAUUAAAUUUUCUAUAAAAAAAGUCUUAUGUAAUUUUUCCAUAAAUUUGAUACUUUCGGCGUAAUUUUGAUUCAAAGCAAAAAUUUAUUUUUUCCAAAAAUUAAUUAUAAUUAAAAUUUAUUAUUGUAAUUAAAAUUACCCCCACUUUCACUCUAAUUACUCAUAAAAACAAUAAGUAUACAAUAAUUAAAUAAUAAUAAAAAUAAAUAAAUACAUAUUUUAAUAACACAAGUAUUUAAAUAAAAAAAUAAAAAUGAAAAGUAAAAAAAAUUUUCUCAGUUAAUUUUUUUUUGUCUCUUACCGUCCGUGAAAAUUUAAUUACUUAUUACU